AUUUUCAGUCGUGGUUCCACACGCUCUGCAACCUAGAUCAGGCUGAUUACAAUGAGCUGAAUAGCUCAAUCUGGCACAGAGUACACUGUAUUGGCGAAUAACACAACAUCAGCAUAUCGAGAUUAAAAUUAUCAGGUAUUCUUUUUACAAAAUUCAAUAUUGGGCUCUGGACUUGUGGUAUAAACAUCACAGGAGGCCAUGCUUUGAAACAUAAAACAGAGAGAUUAACAGAUGAGUCAAUGAACAGUAUUGAGAUAUAGUAAGAAAUUACAAAUCUAUAUGUAUAUAUAUAAUGUAUUAGAUUUUCAAAGAUUACUAAUAGGAAAAUGUAUCUUCAGUAAAACCUGUGUGUUUGCAGAGAAAAAGGACUACUUUAGGGAGCUCCAAUUCAACAUAUUUUUCUGAUGUAUUCAAACAGUCACAAGUCAGGAAUUUAAAAUCAAGACCAAAUGCAUUAAAGAGGCCUAAAGGGAAAUCAUCACGCAUUACACUUACUUCUAUAAUGAUAUCACUCCAAUUAGAGUCAAUUUUUACAUGAAAUUCCCGAGCAAACUAUCCACAUCAGGGUAAUUAUAUUACCACCGAGAAUAGGCCUGAAUUAUCCGGGAUAUAACGGGAUAGCUAUAAUAAUUUCCCUCUAAUCUGAGUGAUUCAGUGAGCAGCAGGCCCAUCAAAAGAAAUGAUAAUCGAUUAUGAAGUGUCAAAUAAGGGACCAUAAAGAACUGUAAAGGCACUUUAUUGAUGAGAUGUGAAACCAUUCAGUGUACGGAAUACAAGAAGACACCAUGCCUCACAUAGGAUGCUCCUUAGAAGAUAUAGGAUUGCCAAUUUCUUCAAAUUAGGUAUUACCAUGACAAUGGUUUGCAUACUUUGUGAGAUCCUCCUAUCGCCACAGCAACCUCCAAAUAAUGAUGACGACAUAUUGUUGUUGCCACGGAAACAUCGCCGUCUUCCACAAAGAAAACUUUCCAACAUUCUUGACCUCAAAAAGCCGAAACAUUUACGAUUGUUGAACUUGCAACAACCAAUACAGAACAUGACCAAGUUUGAUUGUGUACAUACAAAGACUAAGCCGCCAUUCCCGAUAUGCGUCUAUGAAGCAUCAAAGGAUAAGUACAUAUCAGGAGCACUUUUAUCAGGUGGAAUAUGGGAACCUUACAUCACAGAAGUAUUCCAGAGAGCACUUUCAAAAUACCCAGAAUCUACCUUGAUUGACAUUGGAGCGAAUAUUGGGUAUUACUCGUUACUUGCGGUUCACAUGCACCGAAGCGUUAUUGCAAUUGAGCCUCAAUGGGACAACAUCCAGCGAUUACAUAAAGGGGCCCAGUUAAGUGGAUCACUUGAUAGAAUCGAACUUCUACAUAAUGCUCUGUCUAAUACACAUGAAAAUGUUUCUCUGACGGACAAUUUAGACAAUCAAGGCGGAAUACAAGUCAAGCCAAUACAGAUGGGCAUCCAUGCCAGAGAUAAAACACAAGUUGAGACAAUCAUCAUGGAUGAUCUAUUACAGAUUGCAGAUUUUACUCAAGCCAUUAUAAAAAUUGAUAUAGAGGGAUAUGAAUGCAAGGCAAUGGCCGAAGCUAAGAAAUUCCUCGACAAAAUAUACGUGCCUUAUAUAUUUAUGGAAUGGAAGCAAAUGUUUACAGCGAGAAAUGAACAAGAUUCCCCGUGCCCUAUGGUUGCCAUGGAAACCCUCGCUAAAUAUUUAACUUCCCGGGGAUAUGUUCCUCAUGAAGCAAGGACAGGAUUUCUGCUCAACCCCCAACUUGCAAGUUCUGCAUGGAGAAUUGGUGAUUUGUAUUGGAGACACAAAUCUGCAAGUAGACUUCAGGCAGAUUUUUAAACUACAUGUAAUUGUAUUUGAGAUUCUUAAAAAUUAUGUAUAAUUAAACUACAAAUGGAUUACAAAUAUACAUGGACUAUCAAAGUACAAAUGAGAAUUCUCAGCCUCCGAAUCCAAUUAAUGAACACAAUUUUUGUGAUGCCUGCCCACCCACAAACAGAAGCACACCUAUCGACACAAAAUGAUGAAAACAUAGCACAUUGGAAAAGUGAUGAAAACCUCAUACCUCAAGAUACAUGCUGGACCGCAUGAGGGUAAUUGAACCAUUUUGGUAAAGAUAUAAUGUGCUGUCAGCUGAACAGAGAACCACAAGAAUUCAGAGUUCAAUGUUCAAUGAUUAAUACAUACAAACAAGACAUAUCAAACAAUUCAACUCAAUAAUGAAAAGGGCAUUGUCUGUUAGUGGUUAGACUCUGGACUGGAGUUUAUUCUAUCUAAAAUAGGCUACAAUUCAAAGUGAUCUUGGAAGAGCUACUAUAAGCAAUUUCC